AUGCCAAGCUCGUCAACCUUUCUCGCAGUCCAGUGCAGUACGUGCGAGCAGAUUCAAAUUCAAGCAUCGCGCCGUGAUGGGCGUUUUCGUUGUAAGGUCUGCGGCGAGUGGCAGAGUACUCAGAAGGUCCUCGCCAAGUCAGCUCGUCCUCAAGAAUUACGACCCUUUGUGCAAACUGCAAACCGUGCUCGAGGCGAGCAGUCCUGUCGUUCGUCUAGAACGAUAUCGGUGCCCUAUGUGGAAACUCCGGAGCGGCACUUGCAUGUGAGCGAGCGUCCGCAGGGCCGCCAGCACAAUUGUACCUCGAUUCGACGCUCGCACGGGCCCAACGAAGCCUUCGUGUCGUCAUCCCGCAACUGCAAUGCGUUCGGGAUCCCGGGUGUCGCUGGUUCUAGCACGAACGAUCAUUACCUGGAUGCGGAGAUUCUCGACGAGCUCAAUGAGCAACGUCAUGAUUCUUUCGACGACGCAAUAGAGGACGCCCUGGAAGAGGCCAGGUAA